AUGCUUGAUAUGGUGUUCAGGCACCCAUCGUACUUUAUGCCCGAAGACUCUCUCGGAGCACACCAGGCAACAGAAGAGAAGGGAACAAGCGUCGGUGAAGUAAACAUUCCAUUCAGAACGGUGCUCGGUCUUGAACUGAUCGGAUGCUGGCGCAAAAUGCGAUGUCACUUUACCGGGUUCUUCUUGUUCGGGUUCGGGAUGCAGCGGUGGACGUCUGUGAAGCGUUUGUUUAGAGUCAGUCGCUGA